AUGUAUAUGUAUCUUGUCAACUACAUCUACCAAAAUUUCAACAUCUACAUCAACUUUUUCAUCAAGUUCAACUACAACAUCCACUACAAGUAUGUCUACAUCUACCACCACAUCAACAUCAACAACUACUUCCACUACAACACGCACUUCUACAUCUACAUCUACAUCGACAAGUACUUCCACUUCAACAAGUACAUCUACAUCAACAAGCACUUCUCUACUUCCACUUCAACAAGUACUUCUACAUCUACUUCCACUUCAACAAGUACUUCUACAUCAACAAGCACUUCUACAUCAACAAGUACUUCUACAAGUACCUCAAUCAUCAAGCAUUCAACUUCAACAAGCACAUCCACUUCAACAAGCACAUCUACUCAACAUCAACAAGCCUUCUACAUCUACUUCCACUUCAACAAGCACUUCUACAUCUACAUCCACAUCAAAAGUCUUCACAAGAAGGACUCCACUCAACAAUAA